CAUUGCUGUUAAACGUGUGUUCAACUAAUCAGAGUUUUGUUUUCAUUGGACGAUUUAAGACUUAACAAAUGGUUAUUCUGUUAAAUUUUAUGGUGACAAUUAAAGUUUUAUUAUUGAGUACUUGAACGAGACGUUGUGGAUCAAGACAAUUGGGGAGCUGAUGAAACUGACAGUGUUCAUGAAGAUAUGAAGGCAGACAUGUCAGAUCUUCAGAAGACUCACCUUAAGGCGACCAGCUUGGUUACCCUCACGCUGCAGAAUUCACUUCUGGGACUGAGCAUGCGCUAUUCUCGUACCAGAGAUGGUCCAAUGUUUAUUGCAUCUACUGCUGUAGUUAUGACAGAACUGAUAAAACUAAUUGCAAGUCUCUUCUUGGUUUAUUGCGAACAUCAGAAUUUUAAAUCUUGGAGACAGGCACUGUGUUCUAGGUUUAUAUUUAUCAAUAUGGAUACCCUAAAGUUUCUAGUCAUGUCAUUGGUUUAUGUUGUACAAAAUAAUCUGUUAUACAUCUCCGCUUCGCAUCUUGAUGCUACCACCUACCAGGUGACUUACCAGCUAAGGAUCCUGACAUCAUCACUACUUUCAGUUGUGCUGUUAAAACGUAACUUGUUACCAUCGCAGUGGGUUGCUCUGGUACUCCUAGUCAUCGGAGUUGGAAUCGCUCAACUGUCUGGAUCUUCAGAGGGACAUAAACAGGCCAGUAUAAAGGCAGAUUCUCAGAAUAGACUCAUUGGAUUCUGCGCCGUGCUCGUGGCCAGCUUUCUCUCAGGCUUUGCUGGUAUCAUUAUAGAGAUGAUCUUAAAGUGUUCAGACAUUUCUGUUUGGAUGAGAAAUGCCCAACUCACCUUCAUGUCAUUUCCUUUCGCUUUUUUAACAUGUCUCAUCUCCGAUUGGAACAAGGUCGUGCACUUGGGUUGGUUCUACGGUUAUGACUACUUCAUUUUAUAUCUUAUUGUAUUACAGGCUGCUGGUGGUAUGCUAUCAUUCUUAGUUCUCAAACACGCAGAUAAUAUUCUCAAGGGGUUCGCAACGUCCCUCGCCAUUAUAAUCAGUGCCUUAGCUUCUGUGUUUUUAUUUAACUUUAGAAUAACUAUCUUACUAACAACAGGCGCUGCACUCGUUAUAGGAUCUAUAUUUUUAUACAAUAAACCAGCCCCAGAUGAGAAACGGCCAUUGAUGUUCAAGCAUAUUGAAGAUGUAUAAUGUAAUUAUAAAUUUAUCUCAAACUAGUUCUGAAUUGUUACAUCAGCUGUGGUUCGACAGGAUGGUUUCCAUGUUGUAGCGGCAGGUCAUUCAUAGAUCCUU